ACGUGUGCAGAGCUCGGUCUCUGCGCCACCAUCAACAGCAAGCCCACAACAAGCUCCAAGAACAAAAAGAGUCAUGUUGAGGUACCGUCUGCUACCCUCUCCACACAAAGUCAACUGAAGGCUUCACUAGUAGAAGCCCCUGCUCUGCCUGUAAAGACACUUGUGCCCCUCCCAAAGGAGCUGAUGCCGGAACCAUCCGCCCCGACGCCAACAGAGACCCACAUCACUGUUCCAGUGGCUCCUGAGAUUUCUGCAGAGCCCUGUCAACCGACACUGCAUCCACCAGCUGCACCAACACAAAUCUGCCUAGGUCAGCCAUUACCCAGACCAUCAACGGUCCCCAGCUGUCCUCCUCCUCAGCUUCCUGCCUACGACCAGGAUGUCAGUCAGUGGAAGUGUUCGACGCAGCAGAGGACCUGGAUGAAGACGGAGCUGGAAUCCAUGGGGCUCUGGCCAGGCUCCGUUCCUGUACGCAACAAGAUGGUGUCAUUGUGGCGUGGCGCUCCCCAGCCAGAGCUGAUUGACAGCGUCUAUGAUUUUCCCUGCGCCAAGUACUUUCAGCUCCAUCCCUUUUUCAUCUGGAAGCCAGAAAAUGACAAUUUGAUGGGUAGACUGAGGAACAACUACACUCUGCCGUGUAUUGACGGCUGUGCUCAGCCUCAAAUUGCCUCUGCUGGUGUUGGUAGGCCUCGUGUGAUUGUCGGCACCACCGGACAGUACUACUUGCUGUCUUCAAGGCUCUGCUGCAAAGUCUGCCGGAAGAGGUGGUAUGCCGACAAUCCAUCCUGGCUGGAAAAGCUCCCCAAGAGGUUCACCAACCUACUGCCAGCAGUACUGACUUACAAGAAGGCCAUCUGUAAGUCGGUACUGGACGAGCUCCGGCGCAGCGGCAAGUCACCCACUGAUAUGGCAAAGCAGAUCACGGAGUUGAUGCACCUUAAAUAUGAACGUGCUGAUCUGGCCUACCUCCUCAGCUGUAAGAACAUCAUGGAUGGUGAGGAAGGAAAGUAUGACCAGAAGACAAUUACCCAGUUCGUUCGGCAGGAAACCAAGCCGGCUCCCUUUGGAGAGUAUGGGGACUAUGAUGGCUGGAACGGGAUCUCUGUGUCUGCACACUACCUGACAGACUGCCUCCUGCAUGAGUACCAACACCAGCAGUUUCCUGUGAACCCUCCUGAUGAUUCUGAUGUGAAACAAGAUGUGACUGCAGGAACGACUCCAGAGCCUCACACAGAGCCAGAAACCACAUGUCUGCAGUCUCUGCCUCUGCCGUGCUCGCUAACUGGGAGGGUGUUAGUGUUGGACCACAAGCGCUGGCCAGUCCCUAUGAAGCAGGCUGUUGAUAACCUGCUCAGCCCGGAGAAACUGCAAGAGAGGCAGGUCCUCUGGCACUCUCUCACAGAGGGUAGUGAGACCACCAGUGUGCCAGUUGUUACCAUGCCUGUUGCCGUUUUCAACCCCAUACUUCCUGUUCAGACCCCAGCCACACCUCCUGUUCAGACCCCAGCCACACCUCCUGUUCAGACCCCAGCCACACCUCCUGUUCAGACCCCAGCCACACCUCCUGUUCAGACCCCAGCCACACCUCCUGUUCAGACCCCAGCCACACCUCCUGUUCAGACCCCAGCCACACCUCCUGUUCAGACCCCAGCCACACCUCCUGUUCAGACCCCAGCCACACCUCCUGUUCAGACCCCAGCCACACCUACUGUUCAGACUACAGCCACACCUCCUGUUCAGACCCCAGCCACACCUCCUGUUCAGACCCCAGCCACACCUCCUGUUCAGACCCCAGCCACACCUACUGUUCAGACCCCAGCCACACCUACUGUUCAGACCCCAGCCACACCUCCUGUUCAGACCCCAGCCACACCUACUGUUCAGACCCCAGCCACACCUCUGACACUAGAACAUGUUGAAAAUAUUGUCAGAAACAUUAUGGCCAACCAGCAACAACAACAACAACAACAACAAAAGAAGAAACAAACAAAAAGGUGUCUUUCCUGCGGCCAGCCAAAGGCCCGCUUUGAAAAUGAUGGCUCUUCCAUCCACCACUUCUACAUGCAGGGCACUGUCAGAUACUUCUACUGCUCCACCAAAGUUUUUAAAACGUAUGGUGCUGAAGGUCUGACAGACCCUAAAAUGCCAUUUGGAGACUUUGCGGAGACAGCUUUCUUUCCGCGGGAACUGGAAGCUAUGAAGCAAAGGGUGGAGGCGAGAGUCCAGCUAAAAAGAAAGAACACUGAGCCCGAGCACAAAGGUCGCAAAUGUGGAUUUUGUAGAGAGGAACUCAAGCAGGGCCCAAACGGUCCUCACAUACACACAGGAUUCCCAAGAGUAGCAGGGAAGUAUGUGUACUGUCCUGCUAAAGUGUUAUCACUCUACAGGGAUCAGGGCAUGGAGAAGAAGAUGACCUGGAAGAACUUCAAGGAGUCUGCUUUUUAUGAGGCUGAAAAGAAAAGAUGGGAGGCUGAAAAGGGCAAGAGAAAAUGACAAGGAGGGUUUGUUCAUGACAAUAUAUUUUGCUAGUUCCCAGGAAUAACACUUCUGUUGUUUUCCUCUGUAUAAUGUUAAAUUUUCAUCCUGUGUGUUUAAAAAAUGUAUAUUAUUUAAUUCUCUAUAUACUACUGCUUUAUUUACUUUUUUAUAUUUACUUUAUUUAACAAAAUAUUAUUUACUUCUACCUUAUUUUGUUACUAAUAUACUAUAUUUCCAUAACAUAAUCUGCUUUGAAUUUUUACUGGUUCUUCUGUAUUCAAUAAAGAUAUUUUCUUGUCUACAUGUCUCAUUAAUAAGUGAGUGAUUUAUACUGCAUGGUCUAUAUCUUAAAUAUAAAUAAUAAUAAUAAUAAUAAUAAUAAUACCAUUUACCAUAAUACCUGUACUUUCUACUUCUCACAUGUUGAACUCAAAUACCUGUACUUUCUACUUCUUACAUGUUGAACCCAAAUACCUGUACUUUCUACUUCUCA